AUGCGGAAAAUGGCUUCCAACGCGUUCAGAACACCAGACAACACAACAGCUCUAACAACAGCUCUCAACAGACAAAACAGCUCUCAAAACAAACGGCUAACACACUCUGUUCUAACAACAGCUCUCCACAGCUCUAACAACGGCUCUGACAACAGCUCUAACAACAGUUCUGCCAAUCUAACAAUUCUAAACAACAGCUCUGCCAACGCAACAAUUCUAACAACAGCUCUGCAACGGCUCUACUCUGUCAACGGCUCUACCAACAAUUCUAACAACAGCUCUGCCAACAGUUCUAACAACAGCUCUGUCAACAGCUCUAACAACAGCUCUAUCAACAAUUCUAACAACAGCUCUGCCAACAGCUCUAACAACUCUGCCAACGGCUCUACCAACAAUUCUAACAACAGCUCUGCCAACGGCUCUAGCAACGGCUCUGCCAACAGCUCUAACAACAGCUCUGUCAACAGCUCUAUCAACAAUUCUAACAACAGCUCUGCCAACGGCUCUACUCUGAACAGCUCUAACAACAGCUCUAUCAACAAUUCUAACAACAGCUCUGCAACACUAACAAGUUCUAACAACAGCUCUGCCAACGCUCUACCAAACAAUUCAACAACAGCUCUGCCAACAAUUCUAACAACAGCUCUGCCAACAGCUCUAACAACGGCUCUGACAACAGCUCUAACAACAGUUCUGCCAACGGCUCUAACAAGUUCUAACAACAGCUCUGCCAACGGCUCUGCCAACAGCUCUAACAACAGCUCUGCCAACAGCUCUAACAACGGCUCUGCCAACAGCUCUAACAACAGCUCUGCCAACGGCUCUGACAACAGCUCUAACAACACCCAUACACAACGAACCACUAUUACAACCUUCCAGCCACAUAACCAUAUCCUUUACAACCCCUACAACCGUAUCCCUUGCAACCUACAACCUUACAAUACAACCCUUCUAAAAUCACAAACCUAUCCCUUAUAA